UUGCAGAUCUUGGUCGAAAUUGGUUGGCGUGGCCACGGCGUUUGCUGUCCAAGCGAAUUCCACAGCUAUUGGAUAUCAACCAGAGUUGAGAGGGAAGACGAAAAAUAGGUUUAUGAGGGUCGCCUUGAUACCAAAGGUGACAAGCAUUUGAGAAAUUUGAAUCACAGAGGAACUGGAGGCCGAGAUUCUCCCAAGUCACGCCGUUGCAAGCAAGCCUUCAGUUGGUUCUACUGCCUAACUGCACCAGAUUGUGUAAUUCUAAAGCGGCUGCGUGGUUAUCUGUUGGGCUUCUUACCUCCUCAUCCUUUGAUCAUCACUCAACAGAUAUUUACCCAAUAUUGUAGCCUCCAAUCCUCGCUGGGUUACUUGACGUAGUCGAGUGGAGCUGACCAUCGGAUUCAUUUGGGCUUCUGCAACAGGAUGGCGCUAGCAACGCAGGCACUUUCAUGCCCACAACAAUAUGCGGCAGCUGUUUCGACAUGCUCCACCUCUACCCCAUCUUCUCAUGACCGAGUUUCUUCAGCUUCUGGGCUGCGCUCGAAUGGAUGGAGAAGACAUGAUUUCACUUCGAAUGGAGUUAGUGUAACUGUGCCGGGGCGGUGUGAAAGAUCACGAAGGGGGGCGAACAACGGUAAAUGGAGGGCAGCCGCGUCUUCCGAGUUCCAGAGCACUUUCACUGCUAAGGAGCUGGAACGGGAUGCUGCAAAAGAGGCGCUUCUGCUUGCGAUUGCGGACGCGGGUGGUGUGGAGGCUCUGGCAUCGGAGAGAGAGGAUGCCACUGCGCGCAUUACGGUGAAUGAGAAACUCUUGGCGUUAGAGCGUUUGAAUCCCACACCGCGGCCAACGACGUCGCCCUUGUUAGAGGGAUCGUGGGAGUUCAAGUGGGCAGCAGCCCGCAGCCCGGCUUUGGUUGCAGCUCGAACUCUGAUCAAGCGAUUCCCAGCUACGCUAGCAUCUCUUGGCUCCCUGAACAUUAUCAUCCUUGAUGGGACAACAAAGGCCACAGCUACUCUGAAGCUACUUGGCAGCGUCGAGAGCGUAUUCACGCUGUCAACUAAGAUCACAGCGGAAGGGCCAACACGCCUGAAAGAGGAGUAUGUAGAGGGCAUACUGUCAUCUCCGAAUGUGUCUGAGGUACCAUCGCAGUUGAAGGGAUUCUAUGACCAACUUGUAGCCACUGUGGAUCGCCUUCCCGCUGCUGUCAAGGAUGUUGUCAACAAUGGCAUCAAAGUGCCGCUGACUGGUCGAUAUGAAAGGCAGAUUCUCAUCUCUUACUUGGACGAAGAAAUAUUGGUUGCACGCGAUGAGUCAGGCGUUCCCGACGUUCUAUACAAAAUUCAACCAGCCGUUACUGUCGUGGAACCCGUGACGGUGGUACCAGAGUAUCUCAGCUAGGCUUCCCUAGCAUUGGUGUUUCUUCAAAUGAUUUUACCUCUUACAGACUGUCUCUUGAAGAACUAGAAGCUAUUCUCUUUGUGGUUUUUCCUAAAUAGAAAUAGCAGGCUUUCGAACCAUUCGAGUGAAUCUGCUCCAGGAGCAUGUGGUGGAUAUGUGUCUCUUCUCUCCUUGUCUUAGGAGUGUUCUGGCUUAACGCACAGCUGCAAGUGACACUAUCUCCCUCUGAUAUCUACAGUAGAAUGAGUGGGCUUUAGAUUGAAAACACCUAUCAGUAUGGAGAUUGACAAUGUAACAUGGAAUUUCUUUCGGACAAUAUCAUACAUCAGAAAAAGAAGGUUGUAUAAGACUUCUUUAUUUACUUAA